ACAGAUAUGGCUUGGCAACAAAUAUACUGUUUCCUUUCCAUUGCAGGUAUAGGAAAUGUUGCAGACAGCUCAGAAAAGCCAACAUUAACUAUUAAGACCUUUAAUGGAGAUCCGCUAAGUGCUUUUGAAGACUUCCCACUUUCUGACAUAGAGGGCUGGACUGGAGCCACGACAACUAUACAAACGAAGUGCCCUGAAGAAACUGUUUCAACUCUCUACGUGACUAAUGCUACUGUUGGGUACCUGAGAAGUUCCUUAAGCACCAAGCUGAUACCUGCUGUCUACAUUCUGGUGUUUGUGGUUGGUGUGCCAGCCAACAUUGUGACCCUUUGGAAACUCUCCUCAAGGACCAAAUCCAUUUGUCUGAUCAUCUUCCACACCAACCUGGCCAUUGCAGACCUUCUUUUUUGUGUUACAUUGCCAUUUAAGAUUUUUUACCAUCUUAAUGGGAACAACUGGGUGUUUGGAGAGGUCAUGUGUCGGAUCACCACAGUCAUCUUCUACGGCAACAUGUACUGCUCCAUCCUGCUCCUCACCUGCAUGGGCAUCAACCGCUACCUGGCCACUGUCCAUCCUUUCCUGUAUCGGAAGCUGCCCAAGCGCAAUUUCAGUUUGUUCAUGUGUGGCCUGGUGUGGGUCAUGGUUUUCUUCUAUAUGGUGCCAUUUCUUAUCCUGAAGCAGGAAUAUUAUCUUGUCCAGCCAAAUGUCACCACCUGCCAUGAUGUCCACAACAUCUGUGCAUCUCCAUCUCCCUUCCAGUUCUACUACUUCAUCUCUUUAGCAUUCUUUGGAUUCCUAAUUCCAUUUGUGGUCAUCAUCUACUGCUAUACAACUCUCAUCCGCAAACUUAAUGCACAAGAUCGUAGAUGGCUGAGGUAUAUCAAGGCGAUUCUCCUCAUCCUUGUGAUUUUUACAAUAUGCUUUGCUCCCACCAACAUUAUACUUAUCGUUCACCAUGCCUACAACUACUACUACAACACUGACAGCUUGUACUUUAUGUAUCUCAUAGCUUUGUGCCUGGGUAGCCUGAACAGUUGCCUAGAUCCAUUCCUUUAUUUUGUCAUGGCAAAAAUUGUAGAUCAGCUUACUUCUUAGCCCAUGGAGGCCUGGGGUCGGGGGGGGGGGGCUAUCUGUUAAAAUGUACAUGCUUGGGACAAUAGGCAUGGUGCAGCAGCUCCAUUUUUAAGGUCCUA